UAUCAACAAAGAUGGUAGAUCAGGCACUGACUGAACGCUAAACAGAUAAACUUUUUUAUUACCAUGUAGAUCUUUAUUGUCGAACCAGUCCUGUGCCAGACGUCCUACUACCAAGAUUAUGCUUUUUCUGCCAAUCUGUUGUGCCGCUGAAGGAAGAAAGCAGGGCAGCUUAGUUCUUUUUGAAGGGCUAUGAAUUUCAGCUCGUCUUCGGCAGCCGCUAGCAACGAUGGCAUCAACAACUCUUUCCAAAGACUCUCUGUUACUCAAAUUGCCCCAACGGACAUAAAAAAGAACAUUUGGACUCUCAAAAAAGCGUUCAAAAGUGUAAGUUUAACCAGAAAUUCGUGCUUGAAACCUCAACAUGUUCCCGGCAGCUUUGGGCAUUUUGAGCAAGGUGUUCCUUUGUGCGAGAUUUUCACCGAUAUCGGCCAGAAAUUUCUUGAUCGCUCAAAGAUUGUUUUGGCGAGAGAGUGCCUGGUACGCCUUGAAUCUUCCGCUAAGUUUGUACAAGAGCUAGAAGAAACAGUGGAAAAGUAUAUGGCCUAUUUAGAUGGUGAAAUGCCAAUUCCAAGCGAGUUCCCAUUCAAAGUUGAAAGAUUUCACGACAUUUGCCAUGCAGCAAAAACACAAUGUAUGUACCGACUGGCGAUAAGAAAACUUAUCUUUUCCGAUCCAUGGCUUCGCAAAUGUGUGCCAGACAUGCUGGAGGACUUGGAAGUGGUGAAUAAAGCGCUCUCGCAAUUAGCAGAUACGAGUAUAUCGCUCAUUUCAAUUAUUUUAUCGUGCGUGUUGCGCCUUGCCGAAAAAUGCAAAUGGUGGUUGAGUCAGCAAGGUUUAAGUGCUGUUUGCCAGGGAAUUGAAGAUUUCAAUCGCCUUUUUGAGUACACUAGAAAUUUUCAGAGCGACGAAAGAGAACUUUUAAGUGUGAGCGAGAUUAGAAAUUUUGUGCAGUCGAAGGGUCGAGAAACUGCAGUUUCAACUACAGCUGUUUCUAGUGUUUGUUUAUUGUCACUGAACAAACUUUUGAAUGGCGUUGCUUGUGAACGUUCUCGUAUUUUGGCCGGUCACGUUUAUGAAUUGGUAAGCGAACAUCAGGAGGUUACUCGGACGUUAAAGUACGACUUUGCUACAAACUUCGAAUGGAAAGACUUUGGGGUGGUAUGUACUGGAGGGAAUGUAAGACUUGAGGGAGGUACACUCAAAAAUGGAGUGUUGUCAGUGUUAAGCCGCAACCAAAUCCCACUCCUGAAACUCGAGCCAGACUCUCCAUUGCUUUCAUUUGAUUCAGAGGAGCAGAAGUUUUUCAGUAAUUUAAUAUCACAACUUGCUACCUCAACAACACUUAUCUUAAGCCGCCAUGUUAGUGGUGAGAGGAAAAAUGUGAUUCAGUUGCCGCCAUUAGAGCAGCUGACCUCAAGUUCAAGGAGUGAAGAUGCUGAUCUGCAGGGGACAUCAACAGCUGAGGAGGCUGGAGGGUCAACAAGUUCAUUACUGCACCAUCAGGAGGGUCAUGGCAUUCUCAGGCACAGCUCAAGUCCAGGAUCACCCAGACUCAACAAGCGUGUUCAGUGGAACGCACCCUUAGACUCUGAAACAACAAAGCAGUUACAUUAUGAUUAUAGCACUAUGCUUUGGGCCAGUUUUGGAGAGCAGCUGGUGGCACUGAUGGCAGAAAAUCAAGAAUCUAUAGGCAACUUAACGCAAAAUGUGGCCUUGGGUCCAUUGUUCUUGUGGUCUGAUUUUCUUUUGAUGGUUGUUGUUCGCAUGAUGGAGUCACUACGUCUGUCAGGUAAGUUUGAAAGAGUACAGGGGACAUCUGAGAAGUAAAGGAAGGUUUGAAUAAGAAAGUAGAGGGGAAAAAAAACAAGGAGGAAAACAUUUCCUUUACUAGCAGUUUAUCCAGAAUAUGAAAAUACAAACUGUUGAGUUAUCUUGAAUGAAGAAAUUAUUAAUUUUUGCUUGAAAUGUAUGCAAUUAUACCCAAAUGUGUGAUAAAUGUAGAAAAUGGUAAAAUGCCUUAUAAGCCAUUAUAAUGUACCAAACCUUUUGCUUGCCUUUUUCUGCAUAAUUGUUCCAGCUGUUGAAUAAAGAUCAAAGCUCAGAAAACUGUUUGUAUACAGACCCAUCAGUCUCCUCUUUCAUAUUCUCAAACAGGAAUGGAUGUGUAAAGAUGACUUUUUUCUUAACUUGGAAAUAAUUUUGGCCUCAUAGUGGAUAAAUUUCUCUUUUUUUAAGACCCCCAAGAUAUUUUGUUUUUCCUUCUUUGGGGAAACAUCAAUUUAGUUUUAGUUACUUCCUUCCCUCUGAGUCUAAAGCCAUUGAAAACUUCAUGUAAUAGUAAUUAAUUAAGCAUUGUGUUAAAAUCUACAUUUAUGCCAAUGAAAAUCCUAUCAUGUACAUUUUGUUGUAUCUGCAUAUGGUGUUCUUGAGUGAUAUCUAUCACAUCAGCUAUCACUGCUUUUGUAAAAUUUACAUUUGUGGUCAAAUCCUUAAUUGAUCAGUGUGAGGAUUUUGCUCUCAUAUUUUUUUGUAAUUAAGAUUGGUCUGCAACAAAUGGAUUAUUAUUUUUUUCAAAACUCUAUGAAUUACAUCUAUGAAUUGGUCAAUACUUCGGUUUUAAAAUGCCAAAAAUUUAUAGCUCAUUUCUGACGUCACACUGCAAUCACUAGCAAACCUAAUAUUUUAAAAGUGAAUGGUUUUUAAAUAGUAAUUGUUAGCUAGAAAGAAAUUAGACUUCUCCUUUUUUCUCUCAGGAUUAAUUAAAUUUCUUUUUUUGAAUGUAAGUUGCAGAUGUAAAUUAAGUUACAAUUUUAAUAUAAAGUAACAUGAAGUUUUUUAUUUAUCGUCUUUGUGUGACAAGAUGUUAAUGGAUACACCAGCUGUAAUGACGGAAAUUUGUUUGAUUUGAGGAAAUUCUGCCUCGUGCAAAAUGAGAAUAAAUUAUUACCUUUUAUAGUCCAGGGGAUAGGUCCUUAUUUAUAUUGAACAAUGACCUUUAAUUUACAGUGCAAUAUCAUUGCAAAAAAUAUGAUGAUUCAUCCUUAUCAAGAAAUGCUUUAUUUAUCAAGUUGCAUGAUUCAUUUGAAGUCAUUUCUGAAAAAUUACAUGCUUGUACUUUUUCUGCAAGCUGGGCCUGAUGUUUAAUAUGAUCAUAAUAAAUUAAUUUUUUAAUUCAUCUAGAUUUUAUUUUAUAUCUUCCCUUGAUUUUGAUGCAAUAGAUUUAUUUAUUUUUGUUGUUUGUGCUUGUUAUUUGCAUAGUGCCUUUUGGCUUUGUCAGUAGAGCUGAAAAUGUUAAUUAAUUCAUUUUUGGUUGAAUCACAAUUCUAAGAGAUGUUGUUAAACAGCUGGAUUUACAGUGCAACUAGGCAAAAUUUGCUUAUUAUGAAUGCAGUUAUUUUUCUAGGUGGAUCCUGGUAGAACCAUGUCCACUGCUUAUUUAAUGUGUUAGCUGGUUGAAGAUUAAAGUUUUUCCUUGUAUAGUUCUGGGUGACAUAACCUGUUCUAUCCUUUCCAUGAAUGAUUUCUUGAAAUGUUUGUACAAAUUAUUGAACAUAAUGUUCACUGGUUGUUUCAUGUAUGAUAAAAUGGCUCCACACAUGGCUGUAGUGAGCCAAAUAUAAAUUUUAAAGGAGGAGAAUUGUUUUAUUUUUCCUUUCUGUUCACAGGCUGUUUGCCACCAGCUGGUACUAGUCCCCUUCAAGCUGUAAGCUGCUAUCUUCAUUGUCUGGCCUCUGCAUCAAGCUGGGAUUCAGGUAAGAUUAAGAUCUGCUGAUCUUCUCUGUGUGCACAUAAACAUUGCCCUAAAAGCUCUUCAAUAAAAGUAGCAAUAGUUUCUAUAUUAUGUGCAACUCUGCACCACACAAUUAAAUUAGUGACAGUCCUAAAGGUUCUUGUAUCUGUUCAUUACUAGGUUUCAUUUCAUUUGAAACUGAUAGUUAAUUUAAUAAUUGCUUCUCUUACCUUGCCUUCUACUGUGACCAGUUCUGAAGUUAUUGCAUUUUUUUCUCAUUAGCUUUCAGUGGUGUUCUUGGUUCCUGUCUGUCUGACAAAUGCCGCAUGGACAGUGAACUUACAGACAGCAUCCCAGGUACACAGACAGCACAAUCCAUAGUUAGUCUCUUGGAUCCACUUGAAAGCAUUUUUGAAAUGGCAGGUUACUGGAAACGAUCAUCUAGCCACUUGGAACCUCAUGCCAAUAGAAGUGCCAGAGCUCUAACACUGUCAGUUUUUCCCAGUCUGUGCCGCUUUCAUUCGUUGCUGUCCUUUGGAUUUAACUGGUUUGAUACCAAAAUACAUCAUUUUUUAUCCUUAUGGUCCCUUGAGCAGUUUCUGCUUCUGACGCAGUGGGACUUACCACUUUUUCUACAGUCAGUGAAGAAGACAUUUUUCCUUGUACAGUCACUGAGUGCAGUUCACAGUGAUAGCAUCAGUUGGAACUCUCUUUCUGUACAGUACAGUCUUUUACAGGAGCAAAGAAGCAACUUGGAGGUCAGUUCUUGUCAUUUCCUUGAUGUGAAAUGUCAUAAAUGUUGUCCAUCUUCAACAUUUUCUUUAUUAUUGUCAUAUAGUGCUUAGCAAUCAAGUGUGUCUGAUUGCCCUCAGCCACCAUCUUAGAGUACUUUGUUAAGUCUGCACAAAGGUGUUAUGGAUUCACUUGAAAAUGUUUCAAGUUGCUAGGUGGUUUCUGAGACUGGCAGGAAUAAGUUCUUUAUACUUCGUGCCAAGAUCUGGUAGUUGCAUGUAUUUUGAUUGUGAUGUGCUCUUUGCAAAACCUGUGAUUUUUCUGUUCACUAGGGUUUAUUGAAGAAGUCAUGGGUUCUGUUCUCAAGAGAUCUGACGAAAAUUUCAACAGAAUUCUUUCAGGAGGCCAUGCCUGUUGGCAAGAGUUGGAAGAAGAGUCGCCACUCUGGUAAAAUUAAUGGAACCCUAACCCUAACCUUACUUCCAUCAUUUGAAACUAAAAUCACCCUCCACUGGGAUUAACUGUUUAGGCCACAACUAGUUUAGGCUGAAGUGGUCAAAAUCUCCCAACAGAAUAUUUUCUGAUGUUAUUCUUUUUCUUUUCUUUUUUUUUGCCUUAAUUCAUGGUAAAAGCUGUGAUCACAUUUCUACGCAUUCACAAGUUCAGGGGAAACACAGUAUAGUCGAACCUCAAUUAUCCGGACUCAUCGGGACCUCGGUAAAUAGUCUGGAUAAUCGAGAGUCUGGAUAAUCAAAAAUAUGAAUAUUAAUGAGAUAGAAAUGUGAAAUAAUUAUCUGCUUAUCUUUAAUCAAUAGAACGGCUAGCUUUUGCUUCAUAGGCAUGUUUUUUAUUUGAGUUUACAAUUGAUCGCUCAUGUGUUUACAUAACCCAUGCAGAAGGAACUAAUCAAGCAUGAAAUUCCCUUGGCAACAAAACAAUUGAGCCAACCAUAUUUUCGCUGAAUGCAUCAGAAUAUUUCUUUGUCUCGUCGCACUUUCAAAUUUUGAAAAGCACACAGGAUAAUAUGCUGUUUCAACAGUCUUUUGAAAGAAUCAUUGGGCUUUUUGCGACUUUGAGUUUUCAAGAUCACAACUAAUUAAUAUUCAUGGGAAAUUGGGACCAGAGAAGAAAGUCCAGAUAAUCAAAUAGUCCGGAUAAUUGGGGUCCAGAUAAUCGAGGUUCGACUGUAGUCAAUUUUUGUCUUUUGGUGUGAUUCCCAUGGCUUUUUGCUGAUUUGCAUGCUUAUGAAUCCAUCUGUUUUUGGUUGUCUCAUUUUGGUUUGAUGACAACUGAAAAAAUUAAUCAACCAGAUGAACUAAGAAAAUUCUUUUUUCCUAGCUUAAUACAGAAAACCCAGCCAACCCUAACAGUUGUUCUCAAGAGAGCCAGACUUAAUAGCAUGACUUAAUUUUGAUGAUAUCUCAUUUUCUCUUAUGACUUGUUUUGUAAUACUUAUAAUCAGGGAUUCCUCAUCAGCGGAGCCAAUAUGUAGAACACGCAGUGUUUCAGAUUUUGGAACCAGUUGUAGAGAGCUCCAUGGGUUUGUCUUUUGAAAGUCGACUGAAUGUUCUGACCCUUGUUGUCAACACCAUGAUGGAAUCAUGGAGUGAUUUCAUUCUCAAAGAGGAAAUUGUUUUUAGGUAAGAAUUUGUAGUAUAUGAUGGCCUUUUCACUAGCAUUUCAGAAAGAAUGUGUUUAAAUGCAGAUAUCUCUGGAAAAAGACAACCAGCCCCACCCCACAGGGCUUCAUGUUAAACCUUGCUUUAAAGAUCAGGCUAAAGUAACACAAAAACUGACGAGUUGGUGAGACAACAAAAGUGAAAAAUAGCUGGAAAAGAGAGGAACAUUUUCAGUUAUCAGUGAUCAUUGUUGAAUUUUCCUUAUGCAUAGCCCAGGCUGGAAUUAUUGAGUAGAUACUCUGAUUAGGAGCUUUGAAACUGGCUUAAUAGCUUUCUUUUGAUUCAUUGUCUAAGCUCCUUCAUUGUACAAUCAGUUGCCAGUCAAUUGUGGUAUUGAUUACAGAGGAAGUCAGCAAGUGAAGAAUUUAUUUUUCUUUUCAAAUCAAUUCCACAGCUUUUAUGGUGCCCAGCAGCUUAGCUUAGAUUUUGGUUACAUCAAAGUAUGGAUUGCGUCUGACUCAAGCAACCUCUCAUCUGAAAUUCAGUCACACCUCCUGAAGUUAGAUGUGUUUCGGCAUCUUGAUGGUGCUAUCCGUCUGCUGAUGUUGCAGCCAAGGAAGAAGAAAUCAACUGUUGAAGAUAAUGAUGGGGAAUUUGAAUCUAAUGCUAGUACCAUGAGUAGUAGUUCAGUUCUGUCAUCAUUAUCAGGGGUGGAUAUUGAUGCAUAUGACAUUGAUGUCCUCAAUGACAAGACAAUUCCUAACAGGCAGAAGUGGUUGGAUCUACGUCUGCGAGGAGGAAAAUCUAAGAAAGGGUUAUUGCCAUUUUGCUUGAAGGUGCAAGAAAUGAAAUGAGCAUCUACUCAUAUUUAUUGUGAACCAAAUUGCAGAUCCAUUCUACUCUUGAAACAAAAUGGAAGAAUGAUGAUGACAUGCAUUUAUUCAUUGUUCAGGAAAGUUUUUAAACUGAAUGAUAUUUUAAAAUUAUCACAAAUGAUUAUUGUUAAAUAUGUUUACCCUUUCAUUUCUGAAAUGUUAUUAAUUGGAUGUGUAGGCAGAUGAAUUUAUGCAGCCUUUGAAAUCAGGCUUUUGUGAAAGACAUGUUGUACAAAAGAAACCAUUCACUCUUCAAGAGAUGAUGAAAAAGUUAAGUCAUAACUUAUUUUUAGAGCUAACUGGCCAAGUUGGUUAUACUUCUGGACAUGUAAUAUAUUUUAGAACCACAACUUCGUGUAUUGUUGUAUACUGUUUCUGAUGGGUUAUUUGGCCAACAUAUGAAAAGAGAAAAUGGCCACUGAUUCAGCUACAAAAGAAUUGGAUUACAAUAACUUAAACAUGAGAUGUAUUGAAUAUUUAAGUCCCAGAGGAAAAUGUUGCAAAUAAUAGAGCAUAAUACUGUGUCAGCAAGGAGAAAUUCCUCAAGCUUAGAAUGCUCAGAAGAAACUGAAACUAUUUAAAGCUAGUAAAAUGUUUAAUUUACAAGAAGUUUAUUUACCUUUUAAGCUAAUGAUUUCUUAAGUUGGAUAUGUUUUCACAAAUUAUUUAAGGUUUUUUUUUUUCAAAAUUAAGAUCCUGUAGAAGGGUCAGGAAACUGUUGCAGUAAAUGUUAUAAAUUAGAGCAGUGGUUAGCUAAUGUACUUUGCAGACCUGUGUAUUGCUUUUCUCGAAGGCAAGUCAAGGAAUCAAGAAUGCUUGCUUUAACAUAAUAAUUAAUGGUGUAAUUAUAUAUUGUUGUAUAAAAGUUGUCAGGA